AUGCAUCGAUUGCCGUUGAGAGUAGGCAGGUUUAAGAAGCCCUGCAUACCGCGUCUUAUUCCUAGGAGUUUUGCAACUGCUCGACUGCCAGAGACUAAGGAUCCCGUCGAACUAGACCAGAUAACGACUCUCAGCAAUGGUCUACGCGUCGCAACUGAGUCUCUUCCCGGGCCCUUUGCCGGCGUUGGUGUCUACAUUGACGCUGGGUCGAGAUACGAAAACAAUGAGCUACGUGGUGUAAGCCAUAUUGUCGACAGACUAGCCUUCAAAUCAACAUCGAAACGGAAUGCAGACCAAAUGCUCGAAUCCCUAGAGAGUUUGGGAGGGAAUAUACAAUGCGCUUCAUCACGAGAGUCCCUCAUGUACCAGUCUGCCAGCUUCAAUUCGACCGUGCCUACAACCCUUGGCCUAUUAGCGGAAACAAUCCGAGACCCAUUAAUCACAGAGGAAGAGGUAGCACAACAGUUGGCUGUAGCUGAGUAUGAAAUCACAGAGCUUUGGGCAAAGCCAGAGAUGAUAUUGCCGGAACUGGUGAAUAUGGCUGCUUAUAAGGAUAAUACUCUGGGGAACCCCUUGCUCUGCCCACGAGAGAGGCUGGAUCAGAUUAACAAGUCGACCGUGGACAAGUAUCGGACUGCAUUCUUUAACCCGGAUAAGAUGGUAGUUGCCUUUGCUGGAGUCCCCCAUGCCGACGCUGUAAGGAUGACAGAGCAAUUCUUUGGGGAUAUGAAGAAUCAGAAAUCUCCCCUUUUAGUUCAAUCCGGGUCAAACACGUCUGUACAUGGUGAAGAGGAGGUGUCGACAUUCCCAGCCUUCUCACCGUCUUCUACAACUCCCGCAGAGACACCUAAUUCCUCAGCCGCGCAUUCGCCUUCAUCAACUCCUCCUUCCUCUCCAUCCUCCCCAGGCCUCUUCUCCAAGGUCCCAUUCUUCAAGAAUCUAUCUACGUCCGCCGCAAACCAAGCAACCGUAUCCCCGCUGAACCCGUCCCUUCUUCAGACAGAUAUGAUCGAUAUGAGCAAACCUUCAUAUUAUACCGGUGGCUUCAUGUCUCUCCCGCGCAUUCCUCCUCCAGCCAACCCCGCCCUGCCUCGUCUCAGCCAUAUUCAUCUUGCCUUCGAGGCUCUUCCCAUCUCUUCUCCAGAUAUAUAUGCCCUAGCAACCCUUCAAACCUUGCUCGGUGGUGGUGGAUCAUUCUCAGCCGGUGGUCCCGGCAAAGGAAUGUACUCACGACUAUACACCAACGUCCUGAACCAACAUGGCUGGGUAGAAAGUUGCAUGGCUUUCAACCUCAGCUAUACUGAUAGUGGCCUGUUUGGAAUCUCCGCCUCCUGCGUGCCCAAUAGCGUAGCCAAUAUGCUUGAGGUGAUGUGCCGCGAGCUCCAGGCUUUGACCCUUGACUCUGGCUAUUCUGGUCUACAGAUACAAGAAGUCAACCGCGCAAAGAACCAGCUUCGCUCAUCAUUGCUGAUGAAUCUGGAAUCGCGCAUGGUUGAGCUUGAAGAUCUAGGUCGACAAGUCCAAGUCCACGGCCGCAAGAUUGGUGUCCAAGAAAUGUGCAAGCAGAUCGAAUCCCUUACAGUUGACGACCUAAGACGUGUUGCUAAGCAAGUCUUCGGUGGCCUAGUACAAAACCCCGGUCAGGGCACCGGCCGACCUACCGUCGUUAUCCAAGAAGGCGAAAUGGAAGGUGUCAAACUCGCGCCAUUACAGUGGGGUGAGAUUCAGCAACGAAUCGCCAAGUGGGGACUAGGCCGAGCAUAG